CUUUUAAAAAUCCUCGCUGGAGUUUAUGCCUUUAAUAAGUCAUAGUGUUUAGAAACCAAAGGCACAGUCAAGAUCAAUAUGAAGCCUUUCAGUUUAUUGUUAAAUUUCCAGUGUUUAAGAAUCCGAUUUUCACAGAAUGUCUGCAUUUGGUAGUUUCAAGAAAUUAGAGUUGGAGCACAUUGCCUCCACUCGUUCCAGUUUGUCACUGGACUCGCAGGCCGUGGAGCAGCUGCGCCAUCAGUGGUACGAUUACUUUUCAAGCCUGCCCAAGACUCCUUUUGAAUUGCAAUUGGCCAAAGCUCGAGCGGAUCGAGCCCUUGAGCUGGUCAAGAGCAAGCAAAAGACAGCCUUGGAACAGGUCCACUCCACUCCGAAAAGCGUCCGCCGUCCCCUCACAGCUCUACACACUUCGCCACGUACCACCAGUCGGAUGAAGGAAGUCGAGAGACGAAUGCAGCAAUCCAAAUUUGAAGAGCCAAGAUCGCAGUACAAUCUCUGUCCCAAAUGUGGUCUUGUCAAAGACUCAAUUUUUAAUCAUAGGCACGCCGAGGAGCGACUCAAGAAGCUAUUGGAACAACAUCCCAGUCUUGUUCCAAUGGGAUUGAGAAGACCAAGGCAUUUGCGUCUACUAUAGCUAAGAAAGUGUUUGGUUUGGAUUUCCUUAAGACAAGGCAGCAUUCUAGGUGUACUUGAGCUCAUGUUAUCGUCAAAUAUAUUAAAUUAGUGUACUUAAAG